UACAUAUCUCUCUCCCGCCCCUCUCUUCCCCUGCACCUCUCUCUCUCUCUGCGACAAACCAACUAGGUCACUAACUCACAACAACAGCAUGACAGAUCAGAUCUCCACUAUAAUCUUAAGGGUGGACCUUGAUUGCCACCAGUGCUACAAAAAGAUCCGCAAGAUUCUUUGCAGCCUUCAAGAUCAAGAGAGGAUUAGGACGAUCUCCUUCGACACCAACAACAACGCAGUCAUCAUCGACGGGCCGUUCGAUCCACACAAGCUAUCAUGCAGGAUCAGAUGCAAAGGAGGCAAGGUGAUCAAGGGCGUCCAAAUCAUGGGCGACGGCAAGCCGGAAGAGAUGGCCGGGCCACCGCCGAGCAACAGUCGCAAAAAGAAAUCAAAAUCAAAGGGGAAGGGGAAGGAGUCACCGCCGCCGCCCGCUGAGCAGCCACAAGCAUAUCAUCCUCAGCCGCCCACCGAGCAGCAGCCACAGGCAUACUACCCUCAGCCGCCCACUGAGCAGCCACCGGCAUACCACCAGCAGCCGCCCACUGAGCAGCCACCGGAAUACCACCCUCAGCAGCACACCGAGCAGCAACCGGCAUACCACCCUCAGCCGCCCGCCGAGCAGCCACAGGAAUACCACCACCCUCAGCAGCCCCCUCCGGACAGAGAGAUGUCAGCGACCAUGCAGGCGGUCAGGGAGGAGGAGAGGCCGAAAGAGAGACCGGCCGAGCUUGAGACGCCAAAGGAGAUGCAGGUCCACUUCGUGCCAGAAGCAGGGCCAGAGUGCCACAAGAACCCGAGGGAGAGGAGGCACCCGAUGGGAGAGAUGCCGUCGUGGAACGGGCCGCCGAUGGUGGAGAUCCCCUCGCUGCCGGCGCGACCUGUGG